UUCCUUGCGCACAAUAGAGAACUUUCUCAGCGUUUACAGUGGGGUUUGUUGUUCACUUUUUAAACAUAUGUAUUCGCUAUGAACUUUAUUUAGUCGAUUUACAACUAUUGGUUAAGUUUCAUAAUGGAUAAAGAGAGACGGAAUAAAAGAGUGGAAUCCCCGGUGCGGGACUCAAAACCGAAAAUCAAACAAGAGAAACUCAGCCCUGCUAGGCCCCAGAGAUCACGGCGCUCGAGUUCGGGGUCCAACGGCAGCCCAAGCCCACCGCCGCAGAGGAGACGAACGAGCAGAUCGCCGUCCAGGGCAAAAGGUCAUUCGCCAGAUAGAAGGGCGUUGGGAAGACGAGACAGAUCGCCCAAAAACACCGGCAGGAGCCGAAGCCCUCCCCGCGGUGCCGAUGUCAAAAUAAAGCGGGAGCAGGGUGACCACCGCGGUGCUGACCGAGGUGCCGAUGACCAUAGAAGGCGCGACCGCAACGACAAGCCAGAGCCCUCGGAGCCACCAGUGCGGCGAAGUAGGUGGGAGCAGGCUGACGGACCCGUAGAGUCUGACAGACCCAGGGAGAGAAAACGAGGAGAAAGAGAGCGGGGUGGAGGUGGGGACAGGCCCAGAGAGCGAGAGUCCCGCUCCUUCCAGGAGCAGCAGGCAGAGAGACAGCAGCACGACAAUCAACGACGGGACAACCGGCACCGGUUUGAGGAGAACAAUGACGAGGGACAAGCUUUCGGACACAGUACCCAAGAGGGGGGCGAGGGCAAUGAAAGCCCCCCAGUCGACAAAGAGAAGCCCAACUUUGAACUGUCUGGUGCGCUCACGGAAGAUACCAACACGUUCAGGGGGGAAGUGAUCAAGUACAACGAGCCCCCCGAGGCUCGCAUCCCCAAGCGCAGGUGGCGACUGUACCCCUUCAAGAACGAUGAGCAGCUUCCGGUCAUGUACGUGCACAGGCAGAGUGCCUACCUGAUGGGGCGGCAGAGGAAGAUUGCUGAUAUUCCCAUCGACCACCCCUCCUGCUCCAAACAGCACGCUGUGUUCCAGUACAGGUUGGUGGAGUUCACGCGUUCGGAUGGAACUGGCGGGCGGCGGGUGAAGCCCUACAUCAUUGACCUAGGUUCGGGCAAUGGCACCUACCUGAACAACCAGCGCAUCGAGGCGCAGCGCUACUACGAGCUCAAGGAAAAGGACGUGCUCAAGUUUGGCUUCAGUAGCCGCGAGUACGUCCUGCUGCAUGAGUUCUCCGACACAGCCGAGGUGGACGCCAGGGCGGAGGAAGAUGACGAGGGUCUGGACAAGUGAAUGCAAGACCUCUGAGCCUUUUUGAAUAGUUGCGACAUGCGUCCUUCCGUCCUACUUUCCUUCUUGAAGUAAUUACAGAGCUUAAUUGGUUAGAUUGUUGAAAAUAGUAGAAUUUUGCUUAGUAAAUAUGUGCUUAUCUCAGGGAAACGCGGAAGGAAAUGUGCGUGCUUUCAAGUAUUCUGACAGGGCCACGGAUUAUCCAGUCAAGUGUAUUUUUGGAAAAUAAUAUUCUCACUGAUGCCUACCACCUGUUGGCCAUCUCCUUAACACGGAUGGAACAAUGAACUGCACAGGUGGCGUGUUGGGUUAAGCAGCUUUCAGUGUUAACGGAACAAAUAAAAAAAGUGGUAGAAGUCUUUGUGGUCUCUUUGGCGGUCAUAAAAACCUGCUUUAACCUGCAGUAACAGGUCUCAGUACUCUCUAUUCUCAGGACAUUAACUUAAGAUCAGUAGUGUGGUUGAUUUCUUCCCCCUCCCAUAUCUGACUGCUUACGUUCAACACAAGUGCUCAAUGCCAGAAAGAAGUUACUUUACAAAAAAUUAUUUUGUUAUUAUAUUUUUGGAAUAGAACAUUGAAUAUAAAUUAGUAUAUAGCUGAAGGCUAGCCUAUGUCCAGACCUUAAUUGUAAAUACACUGGAUGUAUUGAAUGUGAAUGCUGGAUUCAUUAUGUGGUGUACUGUAUUUGGGUUUGAGCGUUGCAACCAGGAGUAAAGAAAGCGUAUGUGUGUAUGUAUCUGCUUUAAAUGUGUGCUGCUUGUGACGUAGAGAAAAACGUGUGUGUCGUAGUGUAUUCCGUUUACCCAGUCUUUACCACCGACUUGACUGUAGGCUAUGGAGGUUUCUGGACAAAGAUCAUACCACACUGUACAGCGUGACUAUUCCCACUACAAAGACAAUUUAGUUUUUUACUUUUUUGAACACCAUCUACAUUGUAGUUCCAUUUUAGGUGUUUUGUAUUGUACAUAAAGGUUGUGAAAGACUUA